UCACUUCUCACUUAUUGCUGCCUUACUUGUUGCCAUUGCCGGUGGACCACGUGCUCGUAUACAAAGCGUUCGCAAAACACGCUACCACCGCGUCCUUUUCCCAGUACUGCCAACUCGACUUUCGACUCUCGAACGACUCUCCCUUUCUCUUCCUAUUGGUCCUCUCUCGAUAUCUCGAUAUCCCGUAUCUCACCAGCUUCGCUCCACCGUUUUCCAUCUCUUCUUCUUACCCCCUCUUCUUGAUCUUCUCUGCCGUUCCUUGUGUUUUGCCUACUCAUCCUCGUCUUUACUCCGAUUUUCACUUCUCCACUGCUUCUUUAAUUCUUCAUUCCUUCUCUUCCCUCCAUUUCUUUCCGUUCUUCUCAUCUCCUCUUUCCAAUUAUCUGACUCUCAACUCUCUCUCCGUCCUCAUUCUUCACUAUUCUCCUUUUUACUUCGGAGCUCACGCACUCACUUCCAUACACUCUGACGCCAUUUUUCC